AUGGUGAAGGAUAAUACUAACAUUAUGAAUUUUGUUUCAGGCCCCGCCAAGGGAGCAGGUGUCAUUUUUGCUGAUUUUAUAGUAAUUUGUGAUCGGUUCCACGAGAUAUCGAAAGUGAUGCAGGUCUGCGAUCGGCGUUGCUUAAAUGCUAAAGGCAAGCCAGCAGGGGUUUUGAUGGGGCAUCUUGAGGGCAUUACAUUUAUUGAUACCCGUGGAGAUGGACGCUAUUUCAUUUCUAACGGAGGAAAACUUGGAAGAGAUGCAAAGGAUAAUACUGACAUUAUGAAUUUUGUUACAGGCCCCACCCAGGGAGCAAGCUUUUGUGAAGCUGGAAUCGGGUACAGAGAUUCUUCCUGUGGACCUUCAAUUCCAUCAUCAUCCAAGUUGUUGAUCAAAGGCGGUACUGUGGUUAAUGCUCACCAUCAACAAAUCGCCGAUGUUUAUAUUGAAGACGGUGUCAUCGUUGUUGUUAAUCCAACUAUCACUGUUGGAGAUGAGGUGCGUGUCAUAGAUGCUACUGGCACUGGCAAGUUUGUUAUGCCAGGAGGCAUUGAUCCUCAUAUUUAUCUAGAGUUUGAGUUUAUGAACACUGUAACGAAGGAUGACUUCUUCAGUGGCCAGGCCACAGCAUUGGCUGGUGGGACGACAAUGCACAUUGACUUUGCCAUACCAAUUGAUGGGAGUUUAACGGCCGGUUUCGAAGCCUAUGAAAAGAAGGCGAAGAAGUCUUGCAUGGAUUAUGGUUUCCAUAUGGCUAUUACCAAAUGGGAUGAAACAGUUGCAAGAGAAAUGGAGCUCAUGGUCAAGGAGAAAGGUAUCAAUUAUUUUAAGUUUUUCAUGGCUUACAAAGGAGCUCUUAUGAUCAGUGAUGAGCUUCUUCUACAAGGACUUAAAAAGUGCAAGUCUCUCGGUGCCUUAGCCAUGGUCCAUGCAGAAAACGGAGAUGCUGUGGAUGAAGGGCAAAAGAAGAUGAUAGAGCUUGGAAUAACUGGACCCGAGGGACAUGCUCUUUCAAGGCCUCCAGUGCCACCCCUUUACAUCUCUGACAAUCACACUUAGUCGACUUACUUC